UCUAUAAACACACACCCUGCCCAGUCCUGGACCAUAACGGAGCUGCUGCGAGUCUGAAGGUGGAUCCAUCAUGGCACUGGUGUCGGAGUUCCUGGGUCAGCUGACCUUGUCUUAUGGGGGGGAGGAAGAGCCCAAAUUCCCCACCGUGGUUCCGGUCCGAGACUUUGACCCGGACCGGGACGCUGCCCGGAUAGAGACGGCCAUCAAGACCAAAGGCGUGGAUGAACAGACCAUCAUCGACAUCCUGACCCGGCGGAGCGCCGAGCAGCGCCGAGAGAUCGCCUUCGAGUAUGAGCGCAUCGCCAAGAAGGACCUGAGUGUGGCCCUGAAGGGGGCGCUGUCCGGCGCUCUGGAGGCUCUGCUGCUGGGUCUGAUGAAGACCACCGCCCAGUAUGACGCCUCGGAGCUCAAAGCCUCCAUGAAGGGCCUGGGGACCGACGAGGAGACGCUGAUCGAACUGGUCUGCUCCAGGAACAACGGAGAGCUGGCGGAGAUCAAGAAGGCUUACAGAGAUCCUCUUUAUUUGGUCUCUGCAGUGUUUAAGAAGGAGCUGGAGAAGGACAUCUCAGGAGACACAUCGGGAAAUUUUGCCAAGCUGUUACUGGCUUUGGUCCAGACCAAAAGAGACGAGCCGAGCAACGUGGUGGACUACCAGAAGAUUGACGACGACGCCAGAGCUCUGUACGAGGCCGGGGUGAAGAGGAAGGGGACGGACGUGGGCUGCUGGAUCUCCAUCAUGUCCGAGAGGAGCAUCCCUCACCUGCAGAAAGGUACCGAUGAGUUCACAGUCAGAGUGAAGAGUUCUGGCCCGGUUGGGCCCGCUGCAGGUCCGGGCCGGUCCUGUUGGGUCACCGUGGUAACUGUCCUCCCUCCUGCGUGCCAGUGUUUUGAGCGCUAUAAGAGCUACAGUCCGUACGACAUGAAGGAGAGCAUCAGGAAGGAGGUGAAGGGAGAACUGGAGAAGUCCUUCCUCACUCUGGUGGAGUGUUUCGAGAACCGGCAGCUGUACUUUGCCAACAAACUCUAUGAAGCCAUGAAGAGUAAAGGAGCUAAGGAGAAGGUGGUGACCCGGAUCCUGGUGUCUCGCUGCGAAGUGGACCUGAUGAGGAUCAGAACCGAGUUCAAGAGGCAGCACAAGAAGUCUCUGUACCAGACCAUCGCUGAACACACCAAAGGAGACUACCAGAAGGCUCUGCUGAGUCUGUGUGGAGGAGACGACUGAAAGGACCGCGUUUCCCAGCAGGCACCGGGGCGCAGCCGCUCAUCUGAACUGUUGACCUUGAUUAGGUUUCUGCAAUAAAAAAGUGUGAAAAGC